AUGAGCUACCCUACCAGGAUGCUCUGUUGUGAGACGGCAGCCGCAGGACCUUUUCCUGUUUGUCAGAGCCAGUGGUGGUCUCUGUCUCGAGAACAGAGUGGCUGCAGACCCAGCUCUCUGAAGAGGGGACAGCUGCUGGAGGUAAAUAGUUUUCACUAGAAAACGACUAGUUGUCCUCCCUGCUUUUUGGAUGGCACUGUGGGUUUUUGUUGUGUUUUUUUUGAAAAUAAUUUUCAAUCACAUUAAUUCCAAAUCACAUCAAUUCCAAAUUACAUAGCCAGGAAUUUUUAAAUUUUUGUUGGGGGUACCCAUAUUUCCAGCUUCGAACGGGAUCCAAAGAUCUCUCUUGCUGCUGCUUUGAUGACAUAGUUCUGUCCAAAUAAUAGUCACAGUUCUAUUCAAUCUUCUCUUUGUUGUUUUCCUCAUCUUCUUGUUGUUAUCAUAUAUUCCUUUCUUUGUGAUCUCUGAUAGUUUCCACAAGCGGGUUGAAAACAAACAUUGUUAUAUCCUGUGUGGCUUUUACGUUCGUCCAAGAGCCAUAUCAAUAUAAACAGACAUCAUUUCAACACUCCGUACAAAACAAUUCCCACAGUCUGUUCUGUUUUCCACAGACCUGCCGGUCUCAUAAAUUUUUUUCAGGGGGCCCUGCCAGGCCGAACUCACAUUCUGAUAUAGUUACAAGCCAUAGUCCUCCUCCCCCUCCUUCUGCGGACAGAUCUGCCAUAACAGCCUCUUUUUCUAACUGCGUCACAGAGAACCUUCUUUCUUUUCUUGAUGUUCCACAAGCCAUAUCUUUGAUUAGUAGUUAAUUUCCACACAGUUCUUAAUCGUCCUGCUUGUAAUCAGUAAUUUGCAACAAUUCUUUCUUAGGAGGGAGGGUUAUUGGGUACUCACAUAAGACCAAAAAAAAAAAGUCCCCCCCCCCUUUUCAGUCUCACUCUGACAUACUGAUCCUUUGAUGAGACUUCUUCUUGAUUUAUUAUUGAAUCCAGCCCAUCGCUCCACAUCACAGAGAUCCCUUUAGUUAGCAGUCUUUACUCCCGGUCUUCACUUGAAAUAUGUGCAUUUGCUUCUUUUCCAAUUAUACAUUUUGAGCUGAUGCAAACCAGUGCGCGCUCAGAGACAGCGUCCAGGAGAGCCAGACCCACCCGAGGGCUUCGUGCCUAGUGCCCUCACCCCCUUCUUUCGAAUCCGGGGGUGAAUUAUGGACACAGCAGGCAAGGCAGUGCCCCCCAUUCCCUUGGGGGGCAAGGGAGGCUGCAUACUCCCAUAUCAGCCUCUUAAUUACCUCGUGUGGGUCAGAGAGAUGUUAUUGUCGGCCAUCUUCCAAUGCGCCCCUUGGUGGCCCCCCCUUCCGGAUGGCGCUGUGGGUUUUGUACUGUUCCUGCUUCAUGACCUUGGUUGGUUGAAGGAUGGGGAGCUAGUAGGAGGUAAAGGUAGCAAUGGCCCAUCCCAAUGCAAUGCUGGGGAGUAGCCAAGGACACCUCAAGAAGUUCAUUUGUAAUGGUUUAGUCCUUAGAACCUCCUGGAAGAGGGGGACUUCCGGGUCAGCGCCAUCGGUGAAUGGCGGAGUUCCUCCGACCGGAGGAACGGGCUCUGUGGAAACUGGGUCUUCCCGCCGCGGCGAAGGUGGGGACCCGCUAGAAAUCCCAGGCGGAGGAAGCCUGGGAACGUGGGGUUCGGCAGGGCACCAGGAGCGCGCCCCCCUACUCACCGGGAACCCCAUUUUGGGGCGCCGGAGCAAAGUGGGGGGAGCGGCGCGGUGCUGCGAACUGAUUGCUAUUUUCAUGGAGUGAAGCCGCACAGCCAUUGCCGGAGAGCACUGACUUUUUCCUGUGGACAAUUGGAUCUAAAACAAGUACCCGUGAGCAGAAACGGAAAAUUGGAUCAAGAAAUAUCUUAAUUUGGCAUCGAAGCGGGAAGGUUCAAAACAGGAAGUCCGCCUUCCGCUUUUUUGUAUAUAGACUAAAGCAAAAACUUUGUAAGCUAAAGCCUGGAAUGCCGUUUAACAAGUCUAAAUUUCCUUCGUUUAGAAUUACUGAAACCCCCUUGGAAGCAGGAGAAAAGGGGGGGGGACUUUGUUUAACCCCUGCAGGAGAGGGAGUGAAGAAGGAUAAGUUUCCACCGUCUCUAACCUGGGAACGGGGUGUCAGAGACAGAAAUAGUCGGAGAGGUUCAUUGACUGUGAAUGGAAUACUUUGACAGAUAGCUAAAGAAGAGAAACAAACUGAUUCCAGUGUUGCCUUUUGCAUUCUAAAGAAACAAAAUAUCUGAAAAAUAUCUGAAAAAUGAAAGUAAUUUUCCUUUGUUGGACUUGCCUUAAAAAAAAAAAAUGGAUACAAAUAGAAAUUGUCUCCUCUAGAGGGAGCUUGUUAAAUUGUUGCUGUAGAAUACUUGAGGACUCAACAGCUGUGAGAUUAAGAUCGUGGGACCAGUCUUUUCUGACCUUGACUAAAUAUGAGCUGGAAGGAAGAUUGGGUGCUUGCUUUAUGCAAGACAAGUGCCUUGCUGGAACAGAUGCACGAGAAGAUGGAUUCGAUGAAUGAGAAAAUGGACUUGAUGACUGUUGUGGUUAAUAACUGUGGACAAACAGGGAACAUUGAUACAGAAACCAUUCAGGGACCAACUCAUGAUCCUGUACUGACUGAGCAAGUGCAGAAGAUAACGGAGGAGGAUGCGGUUGCACCUCAAAUAAUACAAAUGGAGAGAGCCGAGGCCCUACAGUAGCAUAAGCCGCUGUCAUUGAAGAUUGAAGUUGGAGCGGGCCAGGGGGAGUCUGGAGCUGAGGAGGUUCCUAACUGUGGAGAGACCUUGAAAUAUGCUUUUAAAUACUUUUUGGAUUACAUCGAUGACUGUGGGGAGUGGGACUGUGGGGAAUGGGCGGGUUUGAUGAAGGGAGAUGGAGACAAUUUGGGGUUGGAACCCCCCAGAGACCUACUCCUCAAUGAGAAAGGAAAGAAAUUAAGAAAGAGACCAACAAAAGACAAGGAAAAGGGCAAGUAUAAACAAGAAGAAGAAAAUCUGCAGAAGGGACAUGGAAGAGACUUAAGGGCCUCGGAAAUAAGACUUCCAGGUUGAUGGACUAGAUGGAAUGGACAGUAAGGUCUGACACGACCCGAGACCAGGAAGAAGAGACGUUGGAUGAAGAUGGGAAGAAAAUUUAUAAAGAAUUUUUUAUUUAUUUAGGGAAUUAGCUUAAAAUCAAUGAAUAUUAGGGAAAAUGUUGGAAUGAAACUAUAUGACUCUAGCAGAAAGGUUAUUAGGAGUUAUGUAUAUUUGAGAAUUAAGAUUCAAGCUUUAAGGUAUUUUAUGGUAAGAUAAGGUUAAAUAAAUUAAGGUAAUUUGAAUAACAGAAUAUGGGAAAGAUGGAAAGGAUGUGUUGAGCUAAUUAUUAGGUUAAAUUGUUAAGAUAAAUUUUUAACAAAAAUUGAGAAAGAUGGAAAGAAUUUGCUGAAAUAACUAAUUAAAUUAGAAUACAAAAAGGGAGGUGUGAGGAGGUCAAUGAAACAAGCAAAUGGAAGUUAAAGAUAUGUAAUUUGGGAUUUGUGGUUGUUUUUUUUCCCCCUUCCUUUUUUCUUUUUUAUUUUUUUGCUGUAUUGUUGUAUUGGUUUUUGUGUUUUUUCUUCUUUUUUAUGCAUUGUAGUGUUGUUUUUUAUUUUUCUCUUUUUUUCUAUAAUUCUGAAACUAUUAAUAAAUAUUAUUUUUAAAAAAAUAAAAAUAGAACCUCCUGGAAGAGCCACCCAUUUAUUGGCAAGUUUCCAAGUUGUGCUUGUGAAAAUGGUCACAACCAACUUGGGUACAACUGCCAAGCAGCAGACCCAUGCGAACUUCAGUUGGUUCUCCCUGAACAUUUCUCCUGUGUCACUCAUUUUCCAAUAUUUUCUUUCUAGAUGGCAGGUCUCCAGAGACCCUUCUAUGGUGAUAAAAUGAACCUGUUUUCGCUCUGCCAAAAGAUAGAGCACUGUGAUUACCCCCCUCUUUCAACCGAACAUUAUUCUGACAAGGUAACUUCAGCUGUACAGUCUCUUGGGCCCUGAAUGGAAGGAACACCCUGUUGGUUUCUGUGUGUUGCCACUGUGCAGUGCUUUGGAGUCACAAGACUCUGUUUACAUUCCUGGGAUUCCAUACUGUUGGAAGUCUCACGGAAGACAGGAGACGGAUGUGGCGUUACUGGUUUCCUGCUCCUUUGUUUGUUCCAGUUGCUCUCUGCUUUCAAAGAGCGAGGAUGUAUUUCUUUUCUGUCUGCGUAGCCUAGAAAAUAAAACCUGGGGAUGUAGCUCAUACUAUCUCGUCCUUCCUCAUGCUGCUUUGAAACGCUGCGUAAUGGGAAAUGUGCCUGGAGCCUUAUUAGAGGCUCAAGUCGUUAAUCACGUCGCAGGCAAUUCCAGAGGAGCUCAGAGGAGCUCGGUCAAAUGCAGGUUCCGACAUCCCCCCCCCCCCACACACACAAAUGGCAGGGAGCUCAAGAUUGGAGCAUCUUCAGGCAACUGCCUUGGCACAUCCUCAAAGCCUUUUCAGAAGGGAGAAAUGCCUUCCUGCUUACACAGCUGCAUAUUCAGAUACUUUUUCUAAUCAGAUACCAUAAAGCAGCAAGUGAGAUGCUCAGGAAAAGCAGAGCAGUGCUGAGGCAGCAGGAUGGGCCUAAAGCUUGAUGCCUAAAGCUUGGUUUUCCUUCUCUAGUGCACAGCAUCGUGUGACUGGGCUAAAAUGUGCUGCAAGUUGCCCCAUGGCAUCUGCUAAAAACUAGCCUGUCAAAUGCUGGACCACUUUAGACCAAGUAUAGCCCUCAGGGGAUCUCAGCAUAAGCUUUGAGCUUUAUCAUUUGUGAAAUGCAAUGUUUUAAGAAUGAAUGGAAGGAGCACCUGGUGGGAGAGGUUCGUCAACAGUGUUCCUUCCUGCCAGUUUUCCAGAGGCAUACCUAGGGUCCCCUGCGCCCUUGGCAAGGAGCUGUAUUGGCACCCACACACUGAAAAGAAUCACUUUACUGCAAUAGCCACAUUAGAAAUUACUACGUUUUAUGCAACCCACGUACUUGAAGUGUCCAGUAGGAGGGCAAAAAAAUCCACACGCCUUUGUACUGCGGUGCAAGAAGGAUGGGAAGCUCCUCCGUUGUUUGAUCUGUCGGAGGUUCCGUACGACCGAGCUGUAAUGGCUCUCCUCUUCGCCGUUCUUCGGAAUCCAUCUAGGCUCUCCUCCGACGCUGAUUAACGACCUAAGCCUUUGAUGAGGCUUAGGCACGCUCCCCCAUUACGCAGAGUAUCCAAACAGCAGAAGGAGCCUAGAAAUGUGCUACAUUGCUACGUUUAUUCCUAACUACGCAGGAGAGAAAAGAAUAUGCGACUGCUCUCUCUGUGAGAGAGAAACAACAGGAACAAAGAAACAGGAAACCAGUAACAUCAACAUCUGUCUCCCGUCUCCAGUGAGACUUCCAGCAGUCUGGAAUGUCAAUAGAGUCUUGUGACUCCAAAAACUGCACAGUGGCACAACAGAAACCUAACACUCACCACAACAGCAGCAGUAGUGCAUCACCACACACAUAUUCACCAUACAUUCUGUAGUCCGAUAGGUGUUUGUGCUCCCAACACAGGUGCGCCUCUGCAGCUUUUAAACAAAUAUAUUAACCCUUUGGAGUUGGAAAGCAAGUGAUGAAAUCAGGGCAGAUGAAAGACCUGCUUGUUGAAUGUCCACUCAUCAAGCACAGGUGCCAAGUGUGCUUUCAGAAGUCUGCUGCCUCCCGCACCAAUAGCUUCUGUAGUCUUGAUUAAAAUUUUAAGGAAAUAUGAACCUGCUUGUUUGGCAAUGGAAGUGGGGGUGGGCAUAAAUGCCAGAGAAGGGGCACAAGGAACAAGCUCUGAAUUUCUCUCUCUCUCUCUCUCUCACACACACACACACACACACACAUACACACACACACACACACACGCACACACACACACACACACACACACACACACACACUUUAUGGGUAGCAAGGUGACCAGUCUUCCAGCAAGUUUUUUUCUCUGAGUGUGUAAAAAGCAGAUCACCAUGAAUGCACUGGGAUCUUGUGUAUAGGUUGCUGAGAGUUUGAUGUGGUGGUGUGGGGUGAAAUGAGUUGUGGCAGGCUUUGCACCAGGAGCAGGCAGUCUUGAGCAUUCCAAUCAGCUUGUUGCAAAAUUUGCAGUUAUUUGCACUGCUUCUCUUGGCUGCUAAGUCAGGAGUAUUGCUUAGCUGGAAGGCUGACCCUUUUGCUAAUACAGAAACUGGGAGGAGCUGGGGGCAGAGUGUGUCCUCCUCUUCAGAACAGAAGGAACAUCAAUAUGCACAUUGGCCCAGGUCUUGGACAAUGUCCAAGUUGUAGGCUGUGGCAUUUUUUGGCACAGAGUUUCCACCCCGGCUGUCAUACGCAGCUCCUUGGCUGCCUCUCUGAGGAAACUGGUCACGCACAUCCCUUUCCACACUGCAAGGCUUAUGCUAAAUGACCCUGGCUGCUGCUGGUCCUACUUUGGACAAGUGCCUGCAUUUCCUCUCCCCUUCCCGGUGUUAGAUUGCUGAUGCGCAGGAGUGUUGAUGCAGCCAUGCCGGCCCCUCCUGGCAACUUUCUGGCUGCUUGAGCACGGUUCCUUCUUGCAGACCACUCCUGUGGCCCAGCCAGGUUCAUUGUCUUCCCCUUUGCCUUGCUGCUGCUCCAGCUUCUUGGAAUCUGCCUUCUGGCAGCAGGAAUUAGUGCAAGUUGACAGAUAUGUUUCCUGUCUUUCCAAUUACUGUCGGUUUGCCUCCCUCUGGCAGUGCUAAAGAGAGUGUGCAGUCUAGUGAUACAAUUCAGCACGAGGAGGAUGGUUGAGAGCUUAAAUAAAAGUGGCAGGUCCCAGAGAACUCCAUUCCAAAUGGUGCAUUUGCAUGCAACAGGCCAGCACACUGGGUGAAUUGUCGUUGUGUGAAACUGCACCAGUACACACACACACACACACCCCUACACACAUUCCUAGCCAUGUCAGUAAACAUUUAGUCUCUGGAGUACUGAGUUGGCACUCCAUAAUGAUUCAGUCUGUGUGGGUCAGGAAAAUGCUUCAUGGGGGGAGUCUGUGCUGUGAAGUUGUGGUGCCUUGCUGAAGAAGAGGCAGAGGAGACUGGGAAGUGAUAUUUGGCGGUGGCUAUAGGAUCUUGUCUUUGCGAGGGGCAGUGGUGCAGGUGACCUACCUUUCAGGAGAGACGUUGGAUGAGCGGAGCAGAACAAGACAAGGCAGCCCUGUCUGGAGUGGCUCCUUAAUUCCUGACAAAACUCCUUCCAUGCCAGCAGUUUCUCCCUUCCUAGUUACACGAAUGGCUUCCUUUGAGGACAUGCAGACGGGGGGGGGGAGGGGCUUGGUUAUUCUCUUUCAGUAGUGUAGAAAGGCUCAUGACUGGUUUGCAUUUGACAAAAGUACAGAAGGCAUUCUGCAACCAUCAGAAACCAUCUUCAAUUGACCCUCUUGCUGGCUGGAAACCGCCCUUUUUACUCCUGCGUGGAUCUCUGUCUGAUGCAUGGGGCCUGAUUGUGGGAUGGACUGAGUCUGUUGCUACUGGCAGGAUGGGAGAAGUUCAGAGGCUCAAGGCUCUUUCUUUCUUUCUUUCUUUCUUUCUUUCUUUCUUUCUUUCUUUCUUUCUUUCUCCCUCUCUUGCCAUAGGGUGUCUAAGCUGCUUUGAGGGGCUGUGCAAUUAAACGCUCGUCUUUCAAAUGCAAAGUGAAAAGGGGUGGGAACUGGAGCUGUUUUCUACACUUCGCUGUCAGGAUAUCCAGUCUGAUUCAACCUUUGCCAACUUGAUGCCCUCCAGAUGUCUUGAACUGUAACUCUCAUCAGUCCCAGCCAGCAUAGCCUGGCUCUAAGCUAACAAGCAAAAAGCUUUGAUAUAGGGAGGAGCGCCUGCAAGAGUGAUUCAUUCUCCUGUGCUCUACACAGCCUCCACCGCCAGGGACUGGCUCAGUGAGGUUAUCUGUAGACUUCUCUAUCUACCCCGUCCGCUGGUAUGCAAGUGAGAUAUCUAUGUGCGAUUCCAUUAGACUGCUUCACCCUCCUGAAUAAUUACUUCUGCAUUGUAAUUCAUUCUCACUUUCAGGUGGGUUUCACUGCCAUAGCUUGGUGCCUUCUAGGACUACAGUUGUCACCAUCCCUGGCCAUUGGCAUUGUUGGUUGGUUGGGAUUCCAUCAACAUCGGGGUGGGGGGGCUGCUCUGAGUUUGGCAUAUACCCAGCUAUUCCAGUUGUACAUACAGGAAGGUUAGCUAAAUAUUCAUUAGGUCCUGGCUCGGCUUCCUCUCGAGCCAGAACCUCAACAUGCCAUUCUCUUCACCACCAAACACAGAAUAUUAAUGGAAUGGCAAUUAUUGCUAAUGAGGGCUUUCACAUUGACCUCUCUCGGUAGAUAUAUACUUCUUUCAUAGGAUAUUUUCCAAUACUGUCAACUACUGCAAAACCUGAAUGCCUGAGCCAUUUUCUGAUGGUAUGCCCAGGCCCAUUAGAGAGGGAAAGGGAGGUGAGGUUGGACUAAUAAGUAUUGAACAGUGAGUGUGGGAAUUUUGAAACCUGCAUCUAAAAUGUUGGUAUCCCCAGUCAAGUGUGCUACUCUCUAACUUGAGCAUCUGUGAGUGUGUGUGCAUGCAUAUAUUUUGUCUUUAAACUGUCUUAAAAUCCAUGGAGCUGAUCAAGUUCUACUCUAGAACUCAAGGAUGUUAGAAUACUUUAUUCAUAGGCUGGCAGUGGAAGGCUUUGGGUGCCUUCAAAUGGGAAUUGGCCCGUCUUGCACCACCAGGCAGGUGCGCAUGGCGAUGGGCGGCAGGGUGUGUCUCAUGGUCCUCUGUUUUCCCCCUUGCAGUUGCGAGAGCUGGUCAGCAUGUGCAUAUACCCAGAUCCUUACCAGAGACCUGACAUUGGUUAUGUGCACCAGCUAGCAAAACAGAUGCAUGUGUGGACCUCCAGCACUUGAUCGACAUGCUCCCAGAAAAGCCAUCCCAGCGUAGUAUUACUUGAACCUUCUGUCUCGGACGAAACCAAGAGGUGCCUCGCCAAUUUAAAUGGGAGAGUUGAGCCUUCCUAGGAAGACGCUUCAUGAUUUCUGCUGGCCAUUUGCAGGGGCGCUCAGAGAGUGGAUCCGCUCUAAGUGAAGGCUGUGAGAUGCUGCUGCAAGUGUGUUACUUUUUAAAAUAACACGUUACAGAUAUAGAUCUCUUAAAAGAUCCUUUCUUAAAACUGUUGUGUGUAAUCUAGGUUAGGUUAUUAUAGCAAGGGUUUCUCAUUUGUGUAUUUGACACACCCCUUGUAUCUUAACUAAUGUGAA